CUGUGGCGUUCACCAGACCACCAUCCAUCGCGUCUUUGUCGACACACCCGGGACCACCGUUCCUCGUAGUCGCAUACAUCGAUUUACGACCGAUCAUACAUCAGCAGCCACACUCGCCACACCUUAAAGAAAGCGCUCGCCACUCCGCAAAAAAUAUAGCCAUGGCCACUCCUACGAACAUCAUCAACGUCUCGAUGGCCGAUUUUUACAAUAUCUACCUCAAGGGCUGGGGGCGCAUUGGGGAGGAGAGUAUGCAAUGCCUCAUGCAGCACCUGAUCGAGGAGGAAAUUUACCAGCAAGACCACUGGCGCGACUUCCCCGGCGCCAAAGCCUAUGCGAGCGACGUCCAUCGCGCGCACAUCUGGAACCCCAUGCAGCGCGUCUUCGCUGACGUCGUACAGGCCGCUGCAACCGUGCUCGGCGCGAGCUCGAGCAUGGAAAAAAGAUGCGCGACGUUCGAGUGCGCGCAUGGGAGCGAGACGUUCGCCGAAAACCUGGAGAUCGAGCAGAGCUUUGCGGUCGAUGGCUGGACCGAGCUCGCGAUCCCAAGCAAAAGGGGGAAGAAGCCGGGGUGUGCGUACGAGAUGCACAUCGGCGACCCCCAUGACAGGAAGGCGCUCUGGGUGCGCGCUGCGGACGUGGGCAUCACGGCGCGCUGGGAGCGGCGGGGCUCGAAGAAGACGAGGAUGCAGAACGAGUACAAUACCAUCGGCGCCGCCAGCCACAUCCUCUCCACAGACCGCCGCCGUGCCUUCCACGUUUCCAUCACCAUGGAGGAUACCAUCGCGCGCCUCUGGUACCACUCGCGCUCCUUCUCUGUAGUCUCUGAGCCCUUCGACGUCAACAAGUGCCCCGCCGAGCUCAUCCAGUUCAUCCUCUUCUCCACCUACGCUAAGGACGCGCAGCUCGGCCUGGACGAACACAUCGCCCGCGUCCUCGAUCGCGAGGACCGACUUCAGUACCAAUACGUCGUUAGGCCCAACCCCAACGACCACCGGUGUAUCAUCUACCAAACGGUCGAUGUGCUCGCGCCUGAAUCCCCACACGAUGCAUCCCCUGCCCUCCACGAUAGCGGUGUAGUGGUCUGGUGUGUGCAGCCUGCGAAGCACUGGAAGGACGGCCGAUCCGUCCCCGAGGGCGCGCCGUUCCACGCCCUCAAGGACUUCGCGCAGCUGGAGGACCGGCCGAGGGAGUGGGAGCUCCAGGCGAAAGUGCGCAGGGCGAUGAGGAAGGUAGCGCAGAGCCCGGAGGAAUUGCGGGCGAUGAGGAUGUCGCUUGUGACGAUCAUGGCGGACGGGCCGAUGGCGCUGACGGAGCAGAACGAGGUGCCGGAGGGCGUGGACGUGUACUUCAAGCGGCGCCGGCGGAGCGUAACGGUGUACAAGGAGGUCUGCGUGGACCUGUACAAGCUGGAGGACCCGAGCGUGCAGUUCUUCGCGCUGUCGAAGGUCGCAGAGAUCUUGUCAUGGUGGAAGCGCAUCGGAGUUGUCCACCGUGAUCCCAGCCCGGGCAACUUUUUGGUCCAGCUGCCUGACCAUGAAGACGCAGGCAUUCACGAAUGCAUCGUGAAGAUCACCGACCUGGAGUCAAUGCAAUUCUACGACGAUCUUGGUCCCUGGGAUUGCUAUACGGGCACGGACUACUACAUGGCCAUCGAGGCGCAGGCCGGUCGGCACCUGUUCUGUCCACCCGACGUGCCCCCUUCGCUCCUCGCCCUGAACCACUACAACCACAGCCCCUACAACGACCUUGAACCCAUCCUCUGGAUGGCCCUCGACUACGUCACGAAGCGCGCCGACGGACACCUCAUCGGCGACAGCCCCAGCGCAUCUCUUCUCGCCUCGCUCCGCUAUCAGCUCGCGUACCGCGACCUCAUCUUCACCACGUAUACAGGCUCGGAGACGCGCACGCGCCUGAUGCAGGGCGACCCCACGGAGUGCGAGAUGCUGCGCGCGACGCUCGUGCGCACGUACGGGGCGCGCUCGCCCGUCCCGCACCUCGUCGACCUAAUCUACGCGAUGGCGAAGGCUUACAGGCACGCGCAGAGGUCGGCGAUCGACGAGGAGCUCGAGGCGGGCGUGCCGAGGGAGGGCGUCGCGCAUAAGCGCCUGCCGUUGAAGUGCUUCCGCUCGUGGAUCUAUCAGGAGAUUGAGAAGGGGCUGGCGGCGAUUAGCAGGUAUUACGAGACGCUGGGCAGCUCGUUGAUGCGGCUGGAGGACCUGGAUCUCGAUGCGCUGAGCAGGAAGUGUGCGGCUACGAUUCAGGUGCCGGAACUAGCACCCGCGCUGACCACGGAGGGAGAGUUGGCGGCGGCAGUGGUAGAGACGCCCGCCGACACCACCGGCCAGGCCACGAUCUACGCCAACGAAAAAGACUGCCAGUCCGCCGUGCAUAGCAGUGUCGCCCGUGAAGUGCUGGAAACCGAUCGGACCGUGCACGCAAGCCAUUCCGCCUCGUCGGCAAUGAAGCGCAAGGCUGGCGAUGAGGUAGAGGACUCAAUCGAAGCGAAACGUCCCUGCUCGGUGUUGUCAACGAUCAAAAUUUAUGCCGCGCCGGGGGAGAAUGAGAAGGAGCUGUCGGAUGGGUCGAAGUUGGAGAUGGUGUCGACGUCGCGCCAUAUACUCAGCUCGGUUUGUUUAGAUAUUCUCCCAGAUGUUGACCGAAGCCGGUGGUGCCUUGGAGUGCCGCGUUCUGGCGUCAUCGACGAGUCGACGUCCGCGUCGGCAGCAUCCUGCUCAUCCAACAUGCGCUUCUUUUCCUCCCCCACCAUGUCCAGAAGAGUCGCCACGCCCUCGACAGUCUACCUCGUCACCGGCGCGAACUGCAGACUCGGCAUCGUCCUGACUCGCAUUCUCGCUCUGCGCGAUGAUACCAUCGUAUUCGCCGGCGCGCGCAACCCCUCUGAGUCCACCGAUCUCCUUACACUCGCCGGUCGCUUCCCCAAGAAAGUACAGCUCAUAACUUUCAUCCCUGGGGACCGCGAGUCCAACAUCAAGACCGUCAAUGAUAUCCGGAGGUCCGCCGGGAGGCUGGAUGUGGUCAUCGCGAAUGCAGAAGCACCUAAAGGACGAGAAAAUGCACCUUAUGAACUCGAUGCCGUCGAACCAAUCGUCCUCCUCCGCGAAGCGUAUGACCUCCUCAAAUGGACACCUCCCGCGAAGCCCAAGUUUGUCAUAGUUGCCAAUUACGACGAGACUGCCCUCGGGACGAGGAUAUACAACUUCCUUGACGCGGACGUCGUAGAGAUGCCCGAUGUCGUGUUGAACUGGCGUGCCGUGCAUGACGACUAUCCGGACUUGGUCUUCUUCCCUGUGUGCGGCGACGUUGUCAACACUGCUGGCACCUCCUUCAUACCCAACGAAGAAGGCAUACGUCACCUCCCGCACAUUACCGCCGAGGAGAGCGCGACAGGCAUCCUGAAGCUCGUCGACAAGGCGACGCGCGAGACGCAUAAUGGAUACUUCUGGAGCUUCAACGGGAGUAAGCUGCCUUGGUGAAGGGCAAAGCCUCGCAGUGUAGCAUAGUACAGAUUAGGACUCAGCGAACACUACUACUGUAUCGUAAUGGAUUCUGUAUGCACGCUUGUAGUCAAGCGAUGUUGGCCUCGACGAUGAAAACCGUGCAAUUCCAGAUCUCCGUCGCGCGUGU